UCCCCAGCCAACUGCGCAUUUCAAAGGAACCUACCAUCGCCUCUGCUGGGAAACGAACGACGAAAGACAAGAGUCCAGCACGUUCACGGCCGGUGACAUAGGCAGCGAUACCGCGUCUCCCCAACUGCGCCAGCGAACGAACUGCACAACUCAUCGACCUCAGACCAGCCGUCCAACAUGUCGUCUCCGCAAACACCGCGGCACUCCCCGCACCCCUCCCUCGACUUCCACUCCGCCGCCUCCUACACCUCGUACUCUCCGCAACAGGACCGCCGUCAGUCCAAGGCCUCCUCGUACAACGACUCCUCCAUGGACCUGGGCAUUUCCGGCGGUGGCGCCGGGGCUGACGGAGGUGGCGGCCUGGGGAAUUUAGCUGACGAGCUGGCCGGCGCCUUCUCUGACGGCGAGGAUGACUACGACGGGUAUGACGACGGGGCAUACGACGGGGAGGAUCCGGGCGCGGACAACGAGGCAAGGACACCGGGGAUAAGCCUGGACGAAGCAACAGGGGAGAGAAACGAUGACGGGGUGAGGGAUAGUGGUGUGGAUAUCGAGAGUCCGUCAGCGGCGGGGAGGGGCCAUCGAAGUCAGGGGAGCCUAGGGUUGCCGUCCCAUGGGCGCGGUCACCGGCGGAAGGGCAGCGAGUAUGACGGGAGCGAGUACGGGAGCGAGUCCGAUCUGGAGUCUCCCGGCAUGCCGCCCAAGUUGGUCGAGAAGAUCGACGAGGUUGAGUCCUUGGCACGGAGGGGCGCAGAAAACAACGGCUCGCCCGCAGACGGCGCCUUCAAGCGGCUCACCGACAGCCUGAGGGAUCUCGGAUCGCAGGGUGGCAUCGAGGGAGGCGCGUCGAGAUUAAUAACCGCCCACUCCGCCCUCACAACCCACCUCUCGCACCAGACCCGCCAGCUGCACAACCUGACCUUCCCGCUCCUCUCCCCGCUCGUCGCACCUCCCGAACCGGAAACCAUCGACGCGCUGCUCCCGAUGCUGCUGACCCUGCCGGAGCUGAUGCCGCGGCCCUCGACGGCGGCGCUGCAGUCGCUGUCCUCGCUGCACGCGCUGACCGCCGACCUGGCGCACACGCUCAACUACCUGUCGGACACGCUGCACAUGGCGCGGCAGACGACGACGACGGCGGCGCGGCGGCUCAAGAGCGCGCGCGACCUGGUCGCCGAGCUGCGCCGCGACGAGGAGCUGCGCGACGAGGGCCGCCGCUGGCUCGACCGCGGCCGCUGGGGCGAGCGCCUCGCCCGCCGCGAGUGCGCCCUCGUCUGCGGCGACGUCGUCGGCGGCUUCGAGGCCGUCUGCGACUCCUGGCGCGAGCGCCUGCGCGCCCUCGCCGAGGAGUCCGCGCAUGCUUGAGGAGGGCAUGGAAACGUGAACUGGGAAGGGGGUUUGCGAAACUGGAGAAUUGGGGUUUCCCCUGACUGCUGGUGGGGAAAGGGGUGCCUGGUGGUGGGUGGAUUUAGUCGACACAACCUGACGGCGCCUUUUUUUUCUCCCCUUUGUCUUUUUGCGUUUCCGAUGACGAUGAUGUGUCGGUG